AUUCUGUUUUGAAAUUUGGCGGGUCAUGUGUUUUGACGUCAUGGAUGAUACAACACGAACUUUGGAUGCCUUAAAUUGCCUUAAAAUUGGGGAUAUUCAUAAAGAAAUACCAGAUCUAGAAAGUCUUUGGAAUCAAGAUUUGCUCGAUCAGAUCCGCCUACCAGAGGACUUAAAACAAUGCAUUGCUGACGAACGAUACCUUGUACCCCAGUUGACGAGGGCAGUAGAAGUAUGUAGGGUCUGGACAAAUGACUCGCAAGACUCCAAGAUUUUCUGGGACAUAUUCCAAGAGAAGGCAGUCUCUCCUCGAACUCUGUUGGUUCUUCUCUGUCAUUUACUAGACUCUGCUGACAGAUACCUAUCAAAUAUUUAUCAACGAGAAGCAGCUACACUUGCAACCACUCUCUACUUUAUUAUCCUACAGAUUCCCGGAAGCGGUGCUUAUAAUAUUCUCCAUCCAAUACUGUUUGAAAAAGCUUUAGAUGCAUUCAAGUUAUGGCCCAGAGAUGUACCUGGUAAGAGGAAACGCAAGGAAUCCCAAGCAUCGUCCAGUCAAGGGUUGGGGAAGAGGCAACACCAGGCCAGCUCACAACCGGCUACAGCAGCAGAAGACAUGGACGUAGAAAAUAAUGACGAGGACAGUGAUGACGAUGAUGUUACGACCACUCUUACAGCAGUUGAAAUAAACAAACUGAAAGGUUGUCUAUUCCGUACAUUGAAGGAAUUGGUGAGCUUGUUAGAUAACUAUUCACUGAAGCAGUCUGAACAUUGUUGUCAACUUGUUCUGCAAGUACUAACAGAUCUAACUAAAGCUGAGCCAAAUAUACAACAUCUAGAAUUCACCAAUAACAGAACAAAAUCAUGUAGUGAAUUGGCUUUCAUUGGCUUGACUAGCCUCUGCACUCCAGCCCAUGGCGACGUGGAUGUAACUGUAAGAAAUGUAUUCAGGUAUUUGAUGCCAAGUAUACUUAUGUUGAUUGGUGAAAACGAGGGAGUAGCGGUAUCAACGAUUCCUAAGGAAGUACAAAAUAUCAAAGAUAAUGCAGUGGCUUAUGUCUGUUACAUUAUCAGUAAGUUUGGUGAGCCCUCAUUUAUAAGUACACGUGUCCUGCUUCAACACCUGUGUGUCAAGGUUCCCGACAGGUCAGAGUAUCGACCUCGAAUUGCUUCCAGUGUCACUACCAUCCUUGCAACUUUACCAACAAGUUUCAAUGCUAGUUUUAUGCAAUGGCUUUACAAAUAUUCCAAGAAUACAAAGAUUGGAUUCCGUGUCUUUGCUUUAGAAGUUGUUAGUGUAAUGUUGGAAAAUUCACAGAAAAACUCCCACCAAGGGGGUGUAAAUGGUGUCCCUGAUACCCAACAGGUAACCUCUCACCAGGUGUUGCUUCGAAUGUUGUUGAGCCGAUGUUCUGACAAAGCACCUACUGUUCGUGCGAAAGCUCUAUCCUGUUUUGCCACAUUCACGUCAUCUGGCGAUCCGACUGUCCUUCAAGUUCUCAACAGCCUGUUUAAGAAAUCUGAUCAACCAAUAGCUGAUAGUACUCCAGCUAACUUACCAGUAACAGAUAAACCAACAGAGAAUGGUAAUAAUACCACAACUGGCCCAGCAGAAAAUGGGGCCAGUGGUAAGGUUGAUGGUGGUGAGGUUCCUCAACAAGGAGGGAAGAAUGGCGCUACACCAGGAAACCUAGGUGGUGGUUCACCAGCAAUGAUGCUGAAUAUGUCAGAGGAUACAUUAGCAACACAGGAUGGUCUAGGCAUGGUUGCCAUGCUGCGCAGCAGAGUAGCUGACCUCAAGGUUGGAGUACGUAAGGCCGCGAUACAGGCUUUAUCAAAUAUUAUAGCACUGGAUGCAACGUUUGUGAAUGAGCAGGACAUCGAGGUGCUUUACAACCACUGCAUGGAUCCAGCUUUGUCAGUUCGCAAGCAAGCACUCAAUUCAAUUACAAAUUUGCUGCUUCUUAGUCCUGAAAGUCCAGUGCAGCAAAGGAUGUGGCUGAUUGCUGUGUUACCGAUGGUUAUGGACAAAGAAGUUACAGCACAAGAACGAUGUUUACAGAUACUGGAGGAGGUGAUUCUACAGAAGGUGAACCAUUAUAAGAAGUCUACACAAGUAUCACACACCUUAGCAUGGAGGCUGCUGAGUUUUGUCGCCGGAUCAGAAGGGUUUGCUGUUAGAAAAUACUUCCAGAAAGCAUGUUCAAUGUGGGCACGUCAGAAGAAGCUGAACAAGAGGAUAGUUGAGGCUCUAAUCUCACACAUUGAUACGCCAAAUAGAGAGGCAGCUUGGAUGCUACUUUCUUAUACCUCAAUGUGUACAAGCGAUGUAUGUGCAGACUUUGUGGUUGAAUCAUGGCAUCGCUAUACUUUACCCGGUGAAGAGGUCAGCUUGCAGACUCUGUGCUGUGUCUUGACUGUGCUGGGGGUAAUGGCUGACCGCCUGGAUUCUAAUACAAUUGAGAGUCUCACAAAUGAGCUGAGCCUACGUCUUCAGAAAUUUGAUGCUCCAACAGAACUGAUUGUUGACUAUAUUCGUACAUUAUGUAAGUUGUGUUCAGCUCAAAACAGUUCUGUAGAAGAUUUCCAGAAAGUAAUAGCAGUAGUUUGUAAGGACAUUCUAAAGUCAUGUGACCAUUACUUAUCAUCUGUUGUCCUGACCGAGGACCAAUCACAGACAAGCUGGGACGAGGAAAGACUUUUGAAGCAUCUGUUUACAUUGGGAGAGGUGGCACAACUCUGUCCUAAUAAUAUGACCUCAAGAUUGUUUAUGCUGGUACAGUCAUUACUUGCUGGUUCUAGUGCUAUUAUUGGAGAAAAUGGUCUCCCAUCAACCCAGCAAUGUACCCUUUCGUCUCAAACACAAGUACAUAUAUCGCAGUUUUGUGGAUCAAAGAUGUCGGAUAAGGUACGUGCCUAUGCCUUCAUUACCGUGGGCAAGCUGUGCCUGCAGCACGAGUCACUGGCCAAGCAAACCGUCGCGGCGAUCGCCCGUGAAAUGGAGACCUCGACUGACACAGCCACCCGAAAUAAUGUUGUCAUUGUGAUGUGUGACCUCUGUAAAAGGUAUCCAAAUCUUGUGUAUCAUUACAUUCCAAAUAUUGCCUCUUGCUUGAAGGAUGAGUCCCCGUUGAUACGCAGGCAGACGUUGACACUUCUCACACAUCUGUUGUUGGAAGACUUCAUCAAAUGGCGUGGAUGUUUGUUCUUCCGUUUCAUAAUGACAAUGGUGGAUGAAGUUCAAGAAAUCAAAGAAUUUGCUCAACUGUGCUUUAAACAACUGCUGUUGCCUCGACAUCCAAACCUCCUGUUUCAGCACUUUGUUGAAUGCAUCUACCACUUCAAUUCAUAUGAGAAACACAAUGUAUACAACCAGUUCCCUCAAACUGAUAAAGAGAAACAGACUUUCUCGCUGAAGGGCCCUGCAAACCAAGAGAAACGCCUCAAACUCUACACAUUUAUGUUAGAGAAUAUGAAAGAUGACCACAGAUUCCAGAUUGUAGCUAAGCUGACUCAGGAGAUUAUUGCUGCCGUUGUAGAUGAUAUAUUACCCUUCGACCAGCAUACAACUGUUCUCCUUCAGGACACCCUUACAAUCAUGAGUAGUAAGGAGAUAAAGUUGUCAUCAUUACGCAAUAAGACAAUUGACGAACCGGCUGACGAGAUGGAGAUGGCUGGAGCAGUGAUGCAACAAGCCAAGACUAAGCUCCUCACACAAGUGGUUAAGAAGAAUGUCAUUGAAAACAUUGUUCCUAUUAUUAUCUCAUUGAAACAUUUGCUUGAGAAACAUCGGUCUCCUGUAUUGAAAUACCUUAUGAUGUAUCUGAAGGAACUGAUGAAAGAUUACAGAAAUGAAGUGAAAGAUAUUAUGUCUGCUGACCGCCAGCUGGCCAGUGAAAUUGAGUUUGACCUUCGCAAAUUUGAGGAGCAACAGGAAGAGAUGAAGAAACAGGAAGAGAUGAAAAAACAGGAAGAGGAUCUUUGCCAUCAGGCCAUCAAUCUGAACCUGUCAUUACCUGUUGGUUCACCGCGUCCAAACGGUAUCGCAUCACCUCAGUCAGUGGAGGAUGUCAACUCACCUGUACGGAAUCAGCCCGCACCUGGUACACCUAAGAGUUUAGGAUCUAUGCAGGUUCAGGUGCCACUUACACCCAAGAUGGUGGCGAAUUUUACACCAAAAGUCAAUCUUAAACCAUUGAGUAGACUUAGCUCGCAGCAUGCAGAUCUACCCGUUCCUCCUAAAACUCCAAUUCCUAAUUCACUGGCUGUUAUGGCGAUUGUCAACUCUGCGAAGAAAAUGUUGGCGUCUGUUGCAAAAACGAAACAAACUGAACAAACAAAUAACGGUGAAAUUGCUAUGGAGACGGCAACAGAGACUGCUACAAGUGCGCCCACUGUAACCUGUGGCAAGAAGAAUGGGGAUACAGGAUUAAAGCAAAUUGUAGCAAACAGGAUGGAAACGGUUACUCCUCUAAUCGAAAAUCCAGAUGCAGCAACCAAAGAAGUUUUAAGAAGCAGGAGAAUAGCAAAUAAAACCCCAAGCCAAGAUGUUAAGAAGAAGACUAACAGGGCCAUCAGUACCCCGGAUAAGAGUAUAGCGUCCAUUACAUUUAUGGAACCUAUGGACGUCAGUGCUAUCCCAUCAUCCCCCAUUCCGACAUCUAUGCCAAUAAGAGUGUAUGCUGACAUCGACCCUAAGACAGUACCUGGAAUGCCAAGCUGGACUCCACAGCUUGAGUCGGAUAAAAAUGAUGUAACACCAAAUGACAUCCUUGUUAUGUUUUCACCAGAACAACCGGCUCCAAAACCAAGGAAGUGGAACAUCAGGUCCUCAUCCAAGUCAGCUACCAACAAAAAGUUCAACGAACCUCCAGAUGAUCCACUAUGUAUGGAUGAUCAUCCACAGUUGAGGAAAUCACAGCGACACAACAAGUCACUAACAUCAUCAAAACAGUCUGUUAGAAGAAGCACACGCUCAAAUUCAAAGUGAUCACUGGCACCUAUGAACAUUAUAUGUAUAAUAAUCAUGCAUUUUUCACCAGAAUUAUGAAAUAGUAAUAAGUUUUAAGAUAGGAGAUGGGGGAGUAUGAUGAUCAUGAAUUAUAAACUUCGUUUUAGCAUCAGUAUGCCAGUUAAAUAUGUAGAGAUUUUUGUAAAGAAAGAUACAAAGUCUUACAUCAGGAAUAACCCCUCAACGUUACUAACUCCCAAGGAUGCUCAAAUAAAUACAAUUUCCUUUUAAAUGUUUUCCAACAAAAAUCUGUUAAUUUACUGUACUUCAACCAAAACCAAGGAUACUAUGCAAACAAUAACAGUAUUAUUCAUCUGUUACGCGACAAAAUAAAAUCUUUUUCUUAAUAAUCUUAUAUUAAACUUAUACUAAAUAUAUAAUUUCUUCAAAUUUGGAUUUUAUUGUUGAAUCAACACAGACGUUAUGUCUUUUAGGUGCUUGCUUUUAAUUCUAGCGUCCUGGGUUCAAAUUCUACAAGUUUUUGGAUUCAUAUAAUGGCUGUGUUUUGUAUAUAGUGAGGAGGGGAAGGCUAAUGCAGGGGAUAUGAAUGUUCUAUUAUUUUUGUCUCUUGUAUUAAUAGAUCGAUUUAUAUUUUAAAAUGUUAGCAAAAUAAAAUGAAAUAUUUUAUACUGA